UAACACUUAUUCAACUUCAAAAAAGAUAACGUUUUCACAUCACUAAGAAGUACUGAUAAAAAGUUAUAUUUUUAUUUUUUUCGCUUACUUUAAACGUUUAAAGAAAGUAAUCUGAAAAAUGCCGGCCUUUCACUCGGAGAUUGAGGAUUUCCAAGGAUUGGUGGGUAAUAUGGCCAUUUUACCAUUGCGUACACAAAUCCGAGGACCAGCGCCCAACGUUGAUAUUCCCAACGAUAUCAUCGAUGAGUCACUGUACUUCUGGAAGUCGAACAUUUUCUUCCGCAAUUACGAAGUUAAGUCGGAAGUGGACCGGGUGCUUAUCUACAUAACGCUGUACAUAACCGAAUGCUUGAAGCGUCUGGCCCGCUGCUCGAGCAAAGCGCAGGGUCAGCAGGAGCUGCAUAGCCUGGCCAUCUCGCGGUUCGACUUACCCGGCGAUCCCGGAUUCCCCCUGAACGCCAUAUACACCAAGCCCGACGAUCCGGAGCAGAUGCGUCAGUACUUCCUGCAACUGCGCCACGAAACCGGAUCGCGACUGCUGGAGAAGGUGUUCGAUACGCCGGACGGCAAGCCCAGCAAGUGGUGGAUAUGCUUCGCCAAGAAGAAGUUCAUGGAGAAGAGUCUCUCGGGACCGGGAAUGUAGAAAAAUUCACCAUUUAACGCCCUUUUUUUUGUACUGUGCACUGGUAAAGGAUAAAAGGAUUUCAAUGCAUUUAAAUAUUUAAAUUUUGUUUUUGGAAGAAUUUUUUUUUAUAUUUGCAAAAAAAAUUUAGUUUUAGUAUUUU